UAUAUGUACACACAUGUUUAUAUACGUAUGUAGAGCUGCUCAAUACUGUUUUAUAAAAAGAGGUAUGUAUAGUGAGUAUUUUUUUGUGGAAAUUUUGUGAGCAUAAUUUCAUACGUCAGAAUUUUGUAUGAACAAUACAUAUGUCCUAAGUACAUAAGAAUUCUUCGUACCGUAAAAUAAGUCACGACGGUUACAAGAUUUUGUAAGUGUUGUAAAAUUUUGUCAGCAAAAAUCGCGUCACGAAGAGACAAUGUCGAUCCUCGUCGAGCCACUAAAUAUGGAUUUCUUCCUUCAAGUUCCACAAUUUGAGGAUGCAUUGGAAACAUUUCAGCGGUUGGAUGCUGACAAGCAGAUAAACCUUGUCGGAGAGUUAUUUGUUAAGCACGGUUGCUACAAAGAAUUCGGGCUGACGAUUGUCCACCGACAUUUCGACAUGGCACGGGACGAAGUCUUGGUCGAGUCGAUGGAUGAAGGAGAAAGUAUGAGCGUAUCUAUCCCGUGGAAAUUGGAGAAUGGUUCGGAUAACGCAUCACCAUCUGACCCAGCUUACUGGAAUUCUUUCAACUUCUUACCAAAGGAUUUCAUCCUACCGAAAAGCUGGGCUUUUAAUUCUUCCGGAGAAUUAGUGGCUUUCGAGUAUGUUUUGGCGGAUGAAAAAUUCACCCCGCCUAAUCCCCAGUUUGCCACGGAAUUAUACGGUCUACUCCGUCAAAUGGGACUUGACGGGAUUAUCGGGCUGAGAAAACUUCAAGGGAUUGGAAAUUCUUAUGAAAGGACGCCAGAAGGGAUUCGAGCCAACAUUGUCAAAUUUGAAGACGCUCCAAACGACAUGAAAGGUGUCCUUGUCAGCGUCGUGUGGUCAUUUAAUGAGCACGGAAAAAUGAAACCGGUUCAAGACUGCGCUCACUAUUGUUCCCAUAAUUUCUGCUAAUUUAAGAAGUGCAUAUAUGAAUUCUUCCGGACAGAGUGCUACAUAAAUUCAUAUAUAAAGUAAAUAAUUUUGCGGGCACUGCAUAAUUCUGAUGGUGUCAAAAAAAUAUUUUCUCAUUCAAUUUAAAAAUUUGACGAAGUUAUUAAUGCCUUAUUCAUUUAUUCAAAAAUUGAAAAUAAAUUUUUAUCCGUUAUUCGUUUUGUAAAAAA